ACCGGCCUCAGUUAAAGCUGCGUGUGCAUACCGGCAAAUUCGUUGGUAAAUCGCGAGCAAAAGGUUUCCUUUCUAGCUGCUGUAGCAGCGUGUCUUCAGCGAGUGGAGUAUACACGUGUGCCCUCGUCUUAUUUUACAACCAGACUCUGUGGAAAGUCUGUCUUCAUCGGAGCGGCUAGUCUAUCUGAAAUCUUCUUGUUCAAAAAUUUCGUCCGAAACGUUCGUUUUAAGAUCGAGCUAUGAAUCCGUGGUUCGAGAGAAGAUCUAUUCACCAGACAGGCUCGGUUUGAUCGCGAUUCAUCGACGACCCUUUCGACAAAUUGUUGGGAAAAAAGAAAAAGGAAAGAAGAAAAUUCGAAAAUGCCAGCCUGCACCAGUGAAAACGUCUCGAGGUUCUGGUCCUCGAGUCCAUCGAUCUCCAGAAGCAACAGCGUGUCACCACCCAUGCCCAGUUCACCUCUGUCUACGUCGCCACCCUUCGUAUCGCCGAUAUCAACUUUGAAGCGAUCGAUAUCGAAUAUUUCCAAUUCUUCAAACGCAUCGAACGUCUCUUACUCGUCGAACAACUCGAUCGCCCCUACCGUGAUCUUUUCACCGAGACGUCAGCAACAGCAACAGCAGCAGAGGAUACAAUUAAACUACGAGGCACAAUCGACACAAGGACAGAAUCACAACCGAAACGAUUCGUUCCUGUUCAAGGUACUGAUCGCAUACGUCGGUGUGGCGUUUGGACUACUCCAAGGUAUCAUCACCGGUAUAAGCUAUGCGUUUUGGGCACCGGUGCUAUGGGCGUCCAUCUGGAUCUACAUGCUCUGGGUACUUUUCCAAUUUCCCGUAGCUGCGCUCAAGUGGUUCCUAACCAUACUCUACACACCGGCGUCGGAAAGAAUCCGAAACAAACGGUGCGUACUGAUCAGCGGUGGUAGUACCGUGCAAGCGGUCCACCUGGCCCGUAAUUUCUACAAAGCCGGGGCCAGGGUGGUGGUCUGCGAACUGGACGGUCUGUUCGGUCUAGCGAAAUUCUCGACCGCUUGCUCCAAGUUCUACACGAUACCGAAACCCGGCCCGGGUAACGCGAUCAAGUACAUAAAAGCGUUAAAGGACAUCGUGCAGAAGGAGAAGGCGGUAUACUACAUCCCGGUGAGCGCCAGCAAUACAGCCUACUACGACGCCCUAGCGAAACCCUAUCUGGAGGUGAUGGGCUGUGAGUGUUUCGUGCCAAGUGCCAGUGAAGUGACAGCCUUGGACGAUCCCCUGGAACUUCUACGGAGAUGUCGCGCCUUGGCUCUACCUACCCCUUAUCAUUACGUCCUGCGCUCGAUGCAGGACGUGGCAAGAUUGUACGAGCAGAACGCGUUCACCACCGGUAGAUACUUAAUGUUGUCCGCUGGUCCAGCGGGAAUGAGCGACCGAGGUAAGGUGGUACUGCCACCGACCGCGAGGGAGUUCCGUAACCAGCAACACGAGAUCACCGAGAACAAACCCUGGGUGGUGGUUCGAGAUCCGAACGGUAAACACUACAUCACCUGCACCACCGUUAAGGAAUCAAGGGUGGUGGCGAACGUGACCUGUCUGGUGGACGAGGAUCGAGGCCUGAUCCCCGAGGAGCGACCGGAAGUGGUGCAGUGGCUCGAACGAUUCUUUGCCCGUUCCUUUGGCUCAAAGAUCAACGGUCACCUGAGUUUCCGGCUGGCUAUAGCGGAGGACGGAGAACUAGUACCUAUAGGCUGUCGCGUUGGCGUCAGUCUACCUUACAUCUGCCACACCGGCAUACACCCACGACUAGUCUGGCGACCGUGCAGGCAUUUCUCCAGACAGAAUUCCGGCGUAUUUUUCACCGCGGAAAGAAACUCGCUUCCCGAUGCGGUCGCCUGUGCAUUGAAACGACCCACGGGAGAAACGGUGCCCCAUUUGUUGGGCACCGUACUCGACAAACGGGAAGCUCUGUUCACUUAUUGGGACCCGUUGCCCUACUGCGCUUACUAUCACCUCCAGCUACCGUUCAGGCGGCUAGCCGGUAUGAUCAGGGCGCAACCUGUGCAGCACAAUCCACCACUGGGUGUAGUGCACUAGUUUCAAAACUAGAUCGAACAUCGAGAAGGAUACAUCUCUAAACGAUGAUCAGAGGCUAGGAUUGUACAUACAGUUCGAGACGCGAGGUUCGAAGGGAUUCGAACGAUUUCACGUGAACAGCCAGUAUUGGGUAGACGAGGAAGAAACGAAGGAGAGAAUGGAACGAGAAACUGUAAGAUUCGAGUGGGGAAAACGUGAGGACUUGAUGAGGUCAAGUUCGCCUCUAUCGACGAUAAGUAGAUUCUGAAAUCGCGACUGAAGCGGAUGCAAAGCGAAGAAAAAGAAAAAAAAAAAAAGAAAAAAAA